AUGCAGCUAACUCCGUAUGGAUAUAAUCUUCUCGCAGGAUUCAUAUUUUUUCUUAUACUUUUUGGCUGCUUUCUACAAGGGAUCACAUUGUUGAUUCUACUUAAAAAGGAGAACCAACAAAAAAGCCUGACUCCCUAUCUCUUGAACAUAGUUGCCGCGAACACAUUCAUGAUUCUUGGCAGUUUCCCGACAACUCUCGUGUCGUCGUUCGCGCGUGGCUGGGCAUUUAACGAUGCUGUGUGUAAGUUCAUCGGUUUCGUCGGCGGCUGCGCUGCAACUUCCAUGAUUGCAAGCAUGCUAUGUAUCACUAUAACAAUACAUCGGACAAUUGCCAAGCAAAACGUUACCAAUCAUAUUUUGCACCAACCACCGAACAAGACCCAGCUCAAAAUUAUCAUCGGUGUGUGGAUGUAUUCUGCAGUCAUCAUGCUCCCGCCAGUAACAGGGCUCACAGAAAUGAAACUCGAAGCCGCAGACACAAACUGUGCCCCUAACUGGAGUCCAGACACUCCUGGGGACCUCGCCUACAUUCUAAUCCUGUGUGUCACUGCCUACUUCAUCCCUGUGGGUGCAUCGCUUUUCUACUACUUGCAAAUCCGAAAGGCUUUGAGUGCCCAUAUGGCUCUGGCUAUUCCAGUGGCAAGUAUCCAGGCUCAGCUCAGACGUUUUCAGAACAUCACUUAUAUGACUGCGGUGGCCAUCGCGGCAUUCACCAUUACUUGGUUGCCCUAUGCAGUGUACGUCCUGAUUGCUGCGUUCGGCGGGUCACAUCUGUUUGAUGCGGUCAUGAGCGUGGUGCCUGCGAUGGUGGCAAAGAUGAGCAUUCUUUACAAUCCGUUUGUUUAUGCCCUAGUAAAUCCAAGAUUUCGCAAGUCAAUAAUUGACCUGUUAACCUGCGCUAAACCUCACUCUCGAAAAUGGAAAAUCACUCCGUUUAGUGUUUCCCGUACUCUACACAGCAAACCCCCUCCUAACCUCGCCCCACGAAAUGCGGGAAACACGCAGAGUAUUCCAAGAUUUCUGGUGCGUGGAGAAGGUAAAAGUGCAAGUGACAAGCAUGAAAAUGGUGGAUUGGAACAUUCAAAUCUGAGAAAAGAAAUGGACUGUCAGAUCUAAUUGGAAAACAUGGCAUCAACAGUGAUCGUGGUUUAGUGGGCAUAACUGUCAAUGUUGCUUCAAUAUUAUUAUAUGAGCGGAAUAACAAAAUGUUGGACUGGAACUCGUGACUUCCAAGCGUAUAAAGAAAGUGACGACAGGAACGUUUAAACGAUUUUGGAGUAGUCUCAUACGAUAGUUAAAAGAUUUUAAAUCGGGAAAUAGCUGGGGCAUAAAUAAUACUCGUGCAUCAUUAAUACCGAGAACGCAAGCCAAGAAGCCUAGAUGAGUCUCGCAAACCAUUUUAUCUUGACGCCUGGUCAAUUCGGCUUUGCGGGGGUAAUGAGGAAAUAAUUUGUGAUUAGUUCAGAGUUUUUAAGUACUUAAAUGCACUUAAAAAGGCAUGUAGUUGAAUCGUGGCGUGAAUCACAAACAACAAAUCCACAAAAUUACCUUUGAUAAUAAUAUCAUGAUCGGUUUGGAUAUGAGCUACUACAACAUUUUACUAACCAUUCAGUUACAUAUUCUGUGUCAUAAUAAAAGCGUUUGAGAAUCCAG